AUGGCCGAUGUACAGGGUCUUUCCGCCGCUCAUAUCAUCGUGCUUGCAACCGAAUUAUGCUUCAAGACAGACUUUCAAGACUUCCAGGUCUUACAGCAUCAACGCCCCGAUGUUCUGGCUGCUGAACUGUGCUGCAGGAUCCUGUUGACAUUUGUGUCUGGAAACGAGGACCCAGAACAAUAUGUGCCGCUACUGAAGCAACUUCGCGGCCUGAUUGUGGAAGAUGGAUCGUCGAAGAACAUCGAUGUGUCAAGCGUGGAGGAGCUUAACGAAGCAGAGGCACGUAGUAGGAUACAACAGAUGCGCUUGGUGCGGUUGAAGUCCUUUGAUUCUGAGGGUUUCGCUACCCAAGAUGUGGUCUCUAGAUUCGUGAUCCAGCAGGCAUAUCGAAUCGAUACAGAAACAGGAGACCUACCAGCGAUUCUACAUCUUGUUGAACCAUUCGUGGAUGGUGUCGAACCCCUCCGUCGAUGGCUCAUCUCGAGCCUCCUACCUCUACUCAGGCUCGACUACGAAUAUUACUCAGAAGGAGGUUCAGGCUUGUCAUUGGUAGCAAUCCACGAUCUGGCAGGCACUGAGGGAUUGAACUUGUUGCUACAGAGGGCCAGAACCGAGGAAGGAAGACAACACAUUGGACGUGAUUUGAGAGGUAUAGUAGGACCAUGGAUGUAUGGUGACAGAUCCUCAAAGAGACGGAAAUUGAGCCCGAGCUUUCGUCGAGCCUCGAUCGCUGGGCAGGAAAGCAGUCUUGCCCCUGAACGUUCCGGAUGGCAAGAUGUGAACGAAUGGAUCCUGGAAACUAGCCUCGGGGACUAUGACUUGGCAGCUGAAGCAAUAUGCAAAUGGGAUGGACCACGCGAUGUCGAUCUUGGUGGAUAUGAGAGCGCACCACAAGAAUCUACGGAUGCAGACACUGUUUUGUCCAUACACUACGGGCAAGCAGCUCUGGCGACAGUAUAUGCUACGGAUCAUACAUCUUCGCAAGCCAAUCGGAACUCCUGGCGUAUACUUGAACGUGUUGCAGAUAUAGCUGGAGUGCAUUUGCCUCGACACAGUGAUAUAGAAGGAUUACCUAACGAGUCGGAACAACCAGAGAGCAUUAUCACCAUACCACGAUCCGAACUAGCCACCGAUAAUCUUCUCGAGCCUCAUCAUGCCUUGACUCGACCGUCGACUGCGUCGCUGAAAUUUCUGCGGGCCAUUUUAACCUCGAUACGGAUUUUGGAGGAACUACGCUGUCAACAGAGAUUAUCGUGCCGUGAUGCGACGUUUCUAGCUUUGUAUGCAACAGAGCAAGUGCAACGGCGAGAAUUGCACAGGGCUCUGCAGAACCUCGCCCGGAUGGCAUCUGCUGAAACAGAUUGGCAAUUAACUAGGAACAAGAUCCUGUGGUUGAGCAGAUGGGGGAGCGUCGCGCCGUCUUUAUCUGAGGAGGAAAAUCACAGAGCAUUAUUCUGGCGAGUUUCGAGGGAGAAUGUAGAGACAGAGCUCUUCGGUGCGUUGCUCACGGCCAAGCAAUACCAGACAGCCAUCUCGUUGUAUUUGGCGGAUACAGACUCCACCCCACUACCAUUGUUUCUCGUGGAGAAGAUUGUCGAGCAUGAAACACUAAAUGCUUACGACAACGCGAGCAAUGGUAAUAGAAGUCGAGGGGGACUGAAGCGAGCAUCUGAGAUACUCAAAGCGUUUAGUCCACACUUUGCACCAUCCUCUCCAGUCAACAGGAUUGAGCAUCUUCUUGCUGCGACACAUUCACUAUCAUUCUAUCAAUUGACGUUACAACAUGGAGUACCUUUUCAGCCAGUGAGCAUUCGAGUUCACCAUGAUCCUAUUUCGCUUAUCAGUAAAGUGCUGGAGCAGAAUUCCAAAGCUUACACUAAGCUUGACGAUCUCCUAUCAAUUGGUCGUGGGUUUGUGGCUGCCGGUCUUCCCAUUUCGUCGAUUGAAGAGGACGAACCUAGUAUCCCAACCUCAGAAGACAACAUGGAAAGCAAAAUGCUUGAAUCAGACCACCGUAUCACUUAUGACGCAAUCAUCUCUGCACUCUCCUCGAACGACUUUGAUACGGCGUAUUCUUACAUUCUUACACGUCUCUCCCCAUCGCCUCAACCAUCAUCAUCCACUUCCGGCCCGGCCGACGAUACAUCCUGGCGCGCCGCUUACGCCGCCGGCCGGCACCGCCUUCCACCCUCCGCCUCACCAUCCGCAAAAAUCGAUAUUUUGUCUAAGAGGAUGGAACUUCUCUCUCUCGCUCUAAUGCUAGUCCCAGACCCAUCUUCCCUUCCCUCAAUGCUCUCUACCUGGCAAGCCUGUGAGAAAGAACUUAAUGACCUUCGUGCGCGUGAAGCAGCGGAAGAGAAAGCUUGGGAUGAUCGCGGGGACAACAUCUCUUCUGUUCCAGGUGGUUUCGGGAUGGAGGAUAGAGAUGCAGACAUUGCUGAAACCCAACGAGAACGGGAGAGACGGAGAGCAGCUGAGGUUGGGAAGAGAUUUGAUGAGCACGAAGCACCUAUGGGCCUCUUUGAUGUGGCCAGAGGCGCUGCGAGAGCAAUUGGCAAAUCUGCCUUUCCUCUGAGGGCGCCUGCAGGGGCACAGGGCGUCAGAGUGAAUGAUAGCCCAACCAGCUACGGCGACCCAUCACGAUCGAGUGAUGAAUAUGGAAGAGGUGCGGGUGGAAGUGGAGAUGAGGGGCAACACAAUAGGAUCCGCAAACGGGAUAUGGUUAGCAAUAUGGUGACCGGUGGCUUGGUGAGUGGAUUAGGAUGGGUUCUAGGCGCUCAGCCUGUCGACAAAGACGCAGCAGGACAUGGCAGGCGUGAGUCAGCAGGCGACUGA